AUGGAGACGGUGAGAGCGGAUAAUUGCACAGCUCGGGGGGGAUUCAUCCUUUUGGGUUUCGGGAAUGGCCCGGAAGCCCAGCUGGUCCCUUUGGUGGCGUUUCUGCUGAUUUACAUGAUCACAGUCCUUGGGAACGCCGGCAUGAUCCUCCUCAUCUGCUCCAACCCUCGUCUUCACACCCCCAUGUAUUUCUUCCUCAUGAACCUGUCGGUCUUGGACCUCUGCUUCACCACCACUGCGCCCCGGAUGCUCUGCGACCUGCUGCACCCCGGCCUCCCCAUCUCCUUCCAUGCCUGCUUCCUGCAGUUCUACUUCUUCUUCUCCACGGGGGCCACUGAAUGCCUCCUCCUCGCGGCCAUGGGUCUGGACCGGUACCUGGCCAUCUGUCAGCCCCUGCGCUACCCUGUCCUCAUGUCCCCUCCACUCUGCUGGACCAUGGUCGCCUCCUGCUGGCUCACUGGCUUCCUGUGGUACAUAGUGCCCAUCAGCCUCAUGUCCCGGCUCUCCUUCUGCAGCCCCUACACCCUGGACCAUUUUGUCUGUGACCCGGCCCCAUUGUGGGCGGCCACCUGCUCCCCGGCUCCCCGGACUGAACAAUUCUACUCCACCAUGAGCUCCCUCAUGAUCGUCACCACUUUCCUCUCCAUCCUGGCCUCCUACGGGCUCGUUAUCAGGGCCGUGCUGAGGCUGCCCUCAGGGGCCGGGCGGCACAAGGCCUUCUCCACCUGCACCUCCCACAUGAUCGCGGUGAGCAUCUUCUACGGCUCCACGGCCUUCAUGUACGCCCAGCCCACUUGGGUGUCUUCGCUCUACCCUCGCAAAGCCGUGUCCGUCUUCUACACCUUCAUCAUCCCCAUGGUGAAUCCACUCAUCUACAGCCUGCGGAACAAGGAAGUGAAAGACGCCUGGGGCAGGACGAUGGGGAGGAAAUCGUGGGAGGGAUGAAGCUUGCCUUGGAGCACGCAGGUCACACCUGCCUGGUGAGGGCUUGCGUCGACUUCUGGA